AUGGAGGUGGAGAACAGCACUGUGAAGACACAGUUCUUUCUCUUGGGAUUCAGUGACCACCCAGAACUGCAGAGUGUUCUUUUUGCUGUGUUUUUGUCUAUCUACUCUGUUACCCUGAUGGGGAACCUUGGGAUGGUUUUAUUAAUCACAGUCAGUCCCCCUUUGCACACCCCUAUGUACUUUUUUCUCCGCAUCUUGUCUUUCGUAGAUGCUUGCUACUCCUCAGUCAUUGCUCCCAAAUUACUUGUGGACUUAGUUUCUGACAAGAAGACCAUUUCUUACAAUGGCUGUGCUGCACAGCUUUAUUUCUUCUGCUGUUUGGUGGACACAGAGUCUUUUAUCUUGACUGUCAUGGCUUAUGAUCGGUACAUAGCCAUCUGCAACGCCCUCCUUUACACUGUUAUUAUGUCCAAGAGGAUUUGCCGCCAGCUUGCAAUUGGAGCGUUUUUAGGGGGCACCAUGAACUCUGUGAUUCACACCACUAAUACCUUUCACCUGUCUUUCUGCUCCACUUUCCGCUUAUGCUUCUGUGGGUCAAAUGUGAUUAACCAUUUCUUCUGUGAUUUACCUCCACUUUUCCUCCUUUCCUGCUCUGAUAUACAGGUCAAUGAGUUGGUGGUGUUUAUUGUUUUUGGUUUCAUUGAAAUGAGUACAAUUUCAGGAGUUCUUGUCUCUUAUUGUUAUAUCAUCCUUUCAGUCUUGAAAAUCCACUCUGCUGAGGGGAGGUUCAAAGCUUUUUCCACCUGUACCUCCCACCUAACUGCUGUGGCAAUUUUCCAGGGAACUCUGCUCUUUAUGUAUUUCAGGCCGAGUUCUUCAUACUCUCUAGAUGAAGACAAAAUGACCUCAUUGUUUUACACUCUUGUGAUUCCCAUGUUAAACCCUCUGAUUUAUAGUUUGCGGAACAAAGAUGUAAAAGGGGCCCUAGAAAAACUGAAAAAUAAACUAUAUUUUUAA